AGUGAGCUUCUCUCUCUCUAAGUUGGCGAACCCAUUAAAAUGCGCUCCAAACAAGAAGAUCUCUCAAUUGUUUUGUGCGCCUGAAAAUGAAAUCAAAACCCAUGCACUUCGCGCAGUCUGGGGGCAUCAUAUAAAUACGAUGCCUCUAUGCUCGAAUGACUGCACUCCAGAAUCACUAUUCGCUGAGUCUUGCUGCCUUUGCCAUCAUCAUUCCAUCGAGAGCUUCUCAGCUGUUUCGCGGUGUCUCCCGGACGGUGCUCAAUUAGAUCCGGACUAAAUAUAUAGGUACCUGCGUGAACAGAGUGUUUUUUUUCGGGGCCCCAUUUCCGCAAAGUGUCUUUGUGGCAAAGUGCGCGGAGUACCACGCGUAUAGUGCUUAAACAUCAUUAGAUCAAACUAAUUAAUUUGAAACCUUCGAUCUUAAAUCGAAUGUGAUAGAGUGCGCGGGAAAGUGAAACGCAGAGAGUCCUCGCGCGAAAGAAAUCACCUGAAUUUCCCGCAAAAUUCACCUGAUUUUCCUUCACAACUAAAGCCACCCCUACACACGCUGCUUAAUCAUGACAAUCUUGAGGGUACUUUCUUCAGGGAUUCUCCUCCUCACCAUGGGAGUUACCAUUAAUGCUGGCAAUUCAAAAGAUAGACAUCAUGUGAAGAUCCAUGUACCCGAGAUUGUGAAGAAGCACAUCCACACGAGGACCAUCUACAAGCAUCACUAUCACAGAGUCCCUAUGCACAUGAUGCCACAUCAUCAUCAUAUGGGGCACGAGUCGCACCUACAGCCUACAUUCAAUCUAGGACCAAUUCAUCAUGGUUCCAUUUAUGAUCCAGUGACAGGACCUAGUGCUGCUGCUGCUGCAAGCUUGGAUGUUGGCAUUCCAUGGCAUGCAAAGCCACCACAAAUUAUUCCUGUAGCACCACUUCCACCGAGGGAUCCAAUGGAGGAUACAGAUAUCCAGGAAACCUACUCACACCAUUCCGGCCUAGAUGAUUCAUAUGAGUAUGGAAGUGAUGAAGAAUACCCGAAGAAUCCUCUACCGGCUGUGACGGAAUACUACGAGGCCUACAAGCCAGUCUAUGAUCGUCCAUCGGCAAAGCCAAUAUUCGAUCGACCACCAUCUGUUAAGCCAGUCUUUGAGCGUCCUUCCACAAAGUAUCGACCUCCAGAUCACACAUCAAGCUACACAACUAAUUUUGGACACACAGGACCAAAGCAUCCACCAGACAAUUAUGAUAUGCCAAAGUACACCACCCCCAUGUCGGUGACAUCAACAAGCUACAGCCACCAAUUGCAUUACUUCCCAUCAGCAGGAGAGGAGGACAUUGCUGUCCCAAUAAAAACCACCAGCAAACAUCCUGUGUGGUAUAUGUCAUCAUCCGGUUCGGAUGAGCACGGACCAAAGUUCCAAGCGGCAAAGGCAAUGGAGACUGAUGACUUCUCCCACUUUGAUAACAUCCUAACAACCAAGCCCAAGAGCGUGAUCACCAAAUACGGCUCCAAGGUGCCACUGAAAGAACUCAGCGAGAUUCGAAGGCGUGUCCGGAAGCACAAGGUCCAGAAGAAAUUCUUAUAAUAGAUUUAGCAUUAUAUACAUUGCAACCUUUCGCUAUGUUGAGCGCGUAUUUAUUGAUUGUAAUUUUGUACCCACAAAAGUGAUUACACACAUUUUGCAAUAUUUGUUACAAUUAUUAUCUAAGAAAUGAAUAAAGAAAAUUAUUACAGGGAAGUUCAAUUGAGAUGGUUCAUCUAAAUUGUGACUCUCUCAAUGAAAG